AUGGCCACUUCGACUACAAUGCAGCUGAAAUCUAAAGGCUUUAGAUUUCAGCUGCAUUGUAAUCGAAGUGGCCAUUAAAACGCUUAUAAUUAUAAAGGGUGGCCGCAGAGGGAAUUUUACAUGGAGUAUUUUGCGAAUGUGGGAAAACACUUUACUAUCCGGAAUAACCAUAUUUUAUCCGUAGGAUCAUCUCUGGGGCCCCAUGGAAAGAAUGUUUGUUUUUUAUUCCAUAGGAUCAUCUCGGGGGCCCCGUGGCCCAAAGGGGGAGAAAGGGAAUCCAGGCUCUCCCGGCCCAACGAUGGUGGUGACGGGUGACCCUGGUCUUCCAGGAACACCCGGAUUCCAGGGACGCCCCGGUCCCUCCGGUCCCCCAGGGCAAAAAGGAGAACCAGGGAGAUCAAUACAGGGACCACAGGGAUCCAAAGGAGCACCUGGACCCCCCGGUGAACCUGGACGCCCAGGUAUUGGCGCCUCGCCAGAGGAUCUAGAACGAUUAAGGAAUCAGGUGAAACAGUUAUCCGCUAUAGUCGCUGAACUGGAUGAAAAAAUUUCGAGAUGUGAGUGUACAGCAGGGACGGGUCGCCUGGCCGUGAACAUGAAGGAUGACGUUACUAUGUCGCCAAUAACAGUCACCACAGAAGGCCUGUUUGCUCCUCCUGCUCGUUAAUCUUAACAUGGCUACAUUCAACGCCAUACCAUGCAAAGUUCUGAGAGCACAUCUCAAGAAGUUACAUGCAGCUUACGUGAUGCUUUAUUAUAAUUAAUAAUAAACUUUAUCAACGCGUCAAUGCAUUUAGCACAGAGCUAUUAAAUAGACCAUUUUACAGUUGUCUGCUCAGUGACCUGGCCUUUGGAUGGCAGCGAGACUGGAGUUGACCUU